UCCGCUUCGCGUCUGUGGGGCGGGACGGAGUCAAAUGUAAAUACACCAGCUUUGCGGGUCCACGCUUGAGCCGCUGCGUGGGAACUCCGGUCCUUGCCGAAUUCUAGCAUCGCGAAGGAGACAGGAGCCGGGCUGCUCCAGUCCGGGGCUUCGUUCUGCGCCGGGGCCGCUUAACUGCACGCGGGUGAUCUAUUCUGGCAUGUUUAAAAAUACAAGAAUGGGCUUGCCUGUCUUGCACCAGAUUCUGGGCGUGAUCUCCAGCACCACCACUCCUCAACAUAUAUCAAAAAUAAGGACCUGCCAAAGAAAAAAGAGACUCCUCUAUAUCUAGAUGGGUACCCAUGUUUGAAGAUGCCAGCUACUGCAUAUGAAAGAGUGGUUUACAAGAACCCCUCAGAGUACCACUAUAUGAAAGUCUGCUUAGAGUUUCAAGAACAUGGAGUUGAGCUGAACGCAGCCCAAUUCAAACAGCUGCUUGUUUCGGCCCUGAAGGACCUGUUUGGGGAGGUUGGUGCUGCUUUACCUGUGGACGUCCUAACCUAUGAAGAGAAGACCUUGACAGCCAUCUUGAGAGUGUGCAGCAGGGGGAUGACUAAACUGUGGAGCUCUUUGACCUUGUUCGGAGCCUACAAAAACAAGAAGUGUGCCUUCAGAGUGAUUCAGGUGUCUCCCUUUCUCCUUGCACUAUCGGGUAACAGCAGGGAACAGGUAUUGGAUUGAAUACUCCUACAGUUCCAGAAACCUCCACUCUCAAAAGAACCUUUUGGUGUCUAUAUAGAUUGAAAAAAAAGAAGCAGGCUAAGCCCCUAUUGAUGAUAUUUGGAGAUACUGAAGAUGUUCUCUGUGAUUUCUGGUCAU